CACCCAGAUAUCACAGGUAAAGGACUUGGGUUUUUUAUCCACUCAGAUAUCCCAGGUUUCCACAAAUCUUGAGUCCUCUGCUGCAAAGAUAAGAUCUGCCUGUUUUAUACUCACACAAUUCAGAGAGGAGAAAAGUGCCUUCAAAAACUAAGAUGGAAAAGCAAGAAGGUUUGGAGAAAGGAUUGACUCCUUCUCUAAACCUACCUGAAGAGCGUCCUUACUGCUCUGAGGACUACCUUGAGCAGUUACCAAACAGUCUUCACGUUCUUCUCAAUAUCCAAGCAGAGACAGUUGAAAACAAGCAUUUAGGUUUACUGCUCGUAUUGAUAUGUGAGCACAUGCACAUAUCAACUAAUUCUGGAGAAAAUAAUGCAUCCAACUCUUUCGAAAACCCGGAGAAUCUCGAAUUUACUAAGAUCCUUGAGAUUGAAGAGAACUCGGAAAAUGAUCAAUCCUCCUGGAUGUCCUGGAUGUCCUGGUCCAGUUUCUCUCACCAUGAACAAGUGUCCAGGAUCAAAUUGGAACUGGAAACUAAUCUUCAAAAGAAAUUCUCCACAAUUUUGGAGGAGAAUCUGAGUGAGAUAUUUCAAAUCCUCUCUCCACGUUUAGAAACCUGGACCUUUAAUCCUGCCGCAUGUCACAGUGCUUGUGUUGUUUUCUCCGGUCUUGAUGGAAAACUUGGUGGAGAACACUUCACCAAAAUAUUCCCUUAUUUACUGAGAUGGUUGGAUAGUUGGAUGGUCUGGCCGCGGUUAAUGGGAGUUCAUUUCUGUAAAUAUAUUCUAACAGGAAUACCAAGUAGUUAUCUUACUAAGUAUGGACGGGAUAAUGUACUCUAUGACGCUCUUCUACCAAGUCUUUAUACUAAAGAUAUCGAGGUUCUAGAAUCUUCAGUACACCCUCUGAUCUAUCUUCUCAAACUCUGCUCAAAGGAUUCUAUCCUGUAUCCAGCAAAAAUAAGUAAAGUUGACCUACUUGUAGAGAAAACUAUAGCCUGUUUGGAUAUGGAAUCAAAUAUGAAGAAGAAAUUGGUUCUGUCCAAGCUUCUUCAAGGAACUUGGGAUUUACUGGGUCCAGCUGAGCUUAGAUGGGUUUCCAGGUUGUCUGGCCUCAUUCAAUCGGAAAUACAAGUGUUAGGACAGCAUUGUUUGGUGCUACUCAAUAUCUGGCAAGGGAUUAUUGUGCGGCAUCCAGAUGCUGCUGCGCGUGAAUGCCGCACACUUUUACCCGGUUUAGUAAAAAUUGCCUGGAGCUGGUCCCACGGGCAGACGCCGGAGUAUUUUAGAGAACAGUAUCUGGAAACCCUACUGUUGUCCCAGUGUAAUACUGACACUACUUUAUCAAGAUCUCUUACUGAGGGUAUAACAGACCUGAACGUGAACCCUAAGUUUAACAAUAUGAUGAAGACAGUUUUGAACCAGAUGAACAAUUAGACCUUGAGGUCUUUUUUCCUGUGAAAAUUCAAUCCAGUUAAUUUUAAUAAAUAUUUUUUAUAUUUUCAGA